AUGUCCUCAAAACGCACCGAGGCCAUGACUGCUGACGAGGAGCCGCGGCGGACGUCGGCCGUGUCUAACGGCUCGUCGAGCGUCAGCAGUACCAACUCUGACGAAGCCAGCAGCAGUGUCUCCGACAGCAGCAGCAGCAGCGGCAGCGGGAGCUCCUCCGGCUCCGAAUCGUCCGAUAGCGAGCGCCACUCGUUCCCUCCGCAGCGCCAAAAUUCCGCUACAACAGAGAGAACCACGUCCACGCAGCAGCCACAACAGCAGCGGCAUGUGCAGCUGAAUCCCGAGCUGCGCUUUGAGCGGCCAGACAAGGAGUACAUCCCGCUGCCACCCCUCAGAGACAUGCAGGACAUGGCCAAGGUUCUGUUUCUCUUGAGCACCGAUAAGAAACGCUAUCCGGAUGGGCGUCACCGCACACUGGACUACUUCCGUGUCGCGGUGGAGAUGUUUGUGACGGAGGUGCGCCAGGAGUACCAACGGCAGUAUCAGCAGGCGCAGCGCAGCGGGCGCGCGAUGCAGCGGUUUACGUGGAAGAACUCGGGCGAGCUGGCGAUUUGUUUUGCCUGCUGCUGCGACAAUGUGAAGCUUCUGUACGACAGCCUCCAACCUGGCCCCCUCAAGCCACUCUGGGACGCCUUUGUCGGCCAGCUCGCGCCGAUGCUCAUCGUUCAGAGUCGCGUGCCGGAAACGAUGCUCUCAUUCCAAACGUACCACACCAAGUACAUGGACUGGGUGAAGGGCGGCACACGUUACGGUGGUGAGCAGUCAACCGCGAAUGUCCGCUUCCCCUCCGUGGCAGACCGUCGCGUAAAGGUUGAGACAUACCUCCAGAGCGGCGCGGGGUACAAGAUCGAGGCUGUGCAGGUGGGGUCGACGUCCGCCGCGGCGCCUCGCCCUUCUUCGGCUGCUGCUGCGGCUCCGGUGCAGGCUUUAGAGACUCGGGCGCCUUUCGCGGGGCGGCUGCCCGGCACAGGUUCGGUGAAGGUGCCGGUGGCUCCCGGUGCCGGUGGACCUCGCCCACCAGUGAAGGUUCCCAUGAAGCACGUCGGUGGCGGUGCUGCGCACGGCAGUGUCACGGCCGCCGCCGCUCCUCCGCUUGCCUCCACGAGCGUGAAGCAGAUGCCGCCGGAGAUGAAGCAUCUGUUUUGGUUGUCCGUGCUGGCGCACGUAAAGGGCGGGGAUGCGUCCCAGGCGUUUCCAGAUGACCGACUGGAGGCGCUUCCCGGGCUGCUGCGGCUGUGCGAGAUGACAGAGCACACGGAGGAGAUGUGCAUCUUGAUGGAUGUGCUGGCGGCCUCGAGCAGCGGCGUUCAGACAGUCUUCGAGCGACUUGGGGGCCUUCUGUCAUUCCGCCGGUUUGCCUCCCACUUCAUCCAGAGUGAGGAAGCAGAGCCGCUCAUGCAACUCGUUGAGCAGCUCGCGAGGUGGCGCGUCGCGGCAUGGGGCAAUACCUCACAGCAGGCGUGGCAGACCGAUAUGAAACAACGGCGCACACGCGAUCUGAUGUGGCUCCGAACCCUGUCCCUCAUCCCGGAGGGAAAGCGGGCGGCGUGGGGGGCGCUGCUGCUGGUGAUGGAGCAACGCUAUAUUUUCAAGGCCCCGCGCCCUGAUGACACAACCACCACGGACAAUCCACUGAAGCGGCGGCGACCCGAGGUCGAGCUCGGGGACCUGCACGCUGUGCUGAGUGACAACGUCGAUAUGCAAAGAUGGGUGGUGCCUCGGGUCAAUGUGUUUUCCGCUGUCCGCCUACCAGUGGAGCUGCGCGUGCCGCCACUGUGCACAAAGUUGGAGGAGGACACUGUGCGCUUCCUCAACUCCAAACGCGAGUACGCCGAGAAGGCGCAGGUGACGUGGCGCGAGAGGCUAGAGAAGAUUCUGAGCGCGCAGCCUCGUGUCCCGGGUGCCGCCGUGGCGGUGCCUCUCUGGUAUGACCCGUACGCGCUGCUGAGCGUGGCGUCUCCGCAGCCGUGA